AGGAAAAAAAAAAACACUCUAUUAAUUCUCUCAACUUUGAAAACACAAACAAAGAAACUCAAAUUCAAAGACGAUCAACGAAAACAAAGCAAUGGGUUCUAUUUAUCUACGCUCACUCCAUUCCCAGUUCUUAUUUCGGAAGCAACUCACAUUCCGCCCAAACACGGCCAUUUUCUAUCCCAGGAUUUCUUUUUCUUUUCCUUUCUCUCCGGGAAUCAACCGCCGCUUUAAUCCCUAUAAGCCUCUCGUUUUUGCAGUUUCCGCUGCUCCCACUAUAGAAGAAGAAAAAACGAGGAUGAAAUUGUCUGCACCUGGAAAAGUAUGCCUUAAUAUUUGCUUAGAUCACCAAGUUAAAUAUGGUGAACAUGUAGUUUUUUUAGGGUCUGCAAAGGAAUUGGGAUCCUGGAAAAAACAGGUGCCUAUGAGCUGGUCUGAACGCGGCUGGGUAUGCGAUUUCGAGUUUGAUGGUGGUCAGUCUGCUGAGUUUAAAUUUGUGAUUGUGGGGAACGAUAAGACUUUGGUAUGGGAAACUGGGAAUAACCGUAUCCUGAAACUGCCUGAAGGAGGGAGUUAUGUGAUAGUAUGCCACUGGAACUCGACAGGCGAGCCAGUGAAACUAUUGCCUUUAGGUUUGGAAGAUUAUCGAGACAGAGUGGAGGGUGUUGGUCAUAAGCCCACUGUCGAUGCAUCAGAGGUUGGAACAAGUCCUUUUGUCGGACAAUGGCAGGGGAGGGCUGCCUCCUUCAUCCAGUCGAAUGAGCAUCACGAUAGAGAAGUUGAGAGGAAAUGGGAUACAACCGGUCUUAAAGGGUUUGCUCUAAAGCUAGUUGAAGAAGAUAAAAAUGCAAGGAAUUGGUGGAGAAAGCUCGAAGUAGUUCGUGAGCUAAUACAUGAAAGUUUGGAAAUUGGGGAACUGUUAGAGGCUCUAAUAUGCUCUGCUGUCUAUUUAAAGUGGGUAAACACUGGCCAAAUUCCUUGUUUUGAAGACGGCGGUCAUCACCGGCCAAACAAACAUGCUGAGAUUUCCAGGGAUAUAUUUUGUGAAUUAGAAAAAAUCACUUGUAGGAAAGACACUUCACCUCAGGAACUGCUUGUUAUUCGCAAGAUCCAUCCUUGUUUGCCAUCUUUUAAAGCAGAAUUUACAGCACCUGUCCCACUGACUCGGAUUAGAGACAUUGCUCAUCGGAAUGAUAUUUCUCAUGAUCUGAAGCAAGAAAUUAAGCAUACAAUACAGAACAAGCUUCAUCGAAAUGCUGGCCCUGAAGACUUAGUUUCGACAGAAGCAAUGCUUGCAAGAAUCACCAAGAAUCCUGGAGAAUAUAGUGAAGCAUUUAUAGAACAAUUCAAGAUAUUCCAUCAGGAACUCAAAGAUUUUUUCAAUGCAGGAAGCCUCACUGAACAACUUGAGUCACUUAGAGAAUCCUUGGAUGAGCGAGGCGUUUCAGCUCUUGCAGCAUUUCUAGAAUGCAAAAAGAGUCUGGAUGCUGCAGCAGAGUCAAAUAGUGUUUUGGAUUUAAUCAAGACCAUGCUUUCCUUGAGCGCUUUGAGACAAGUAAUUGUAAAGGGCCUCGAAAGUGGUCUUAAAAAUGAUGCUUCUGAUGCAGCCAUAGCAAUGCGUCAAAAGUGGCGGCUUUGUGAGAUUGGCCUCGAGGACUAUACCUUUUUCCUCUUAAGCAGGCUGCACAAUACACAUGAAGCUAUGGGAGGAACCAAUUGGCUUGCAGAUAAUCUGGAUACGAAGAAAGCUAGUUCUUGGAAUAAUCCACUUAGGUCCCUAAUUCUUGGUGUUCAUCAGCUUGGUUUAUCUGGUUGGAAACCCGGAGAAUGUGCUGCUAUUGGAAGUGAGCUCACUGCAUGGCAAGAGAAAGGUCUUCUUGACAAAGAAGGAAGCGAAGAUGGAAAAAGAAUUUGGGCAUUAAGACUCAAAGCUACACUCGACAGGACAAGGAGGCUAACCGAGGAAUAUUCCGACGCACUUCUGCAAAUAUUCCCUAAAAAAGUGCAGAUGCUUGGUAAAGCUCUUGGAAUUCCGGAAAACAGCAUAAGGACAUAUGCUGAAGCUGAGAUUCGAGCUGGGGUAAUUUUUCAGGUUUCAAAACUAUGUACUUUUCUUCUGAAAGCUGUGAGAACAGCACUAGGUUCUCAAGGUUGGGAUGUCCUUGUUCCAGGAUCCGUGUCUGGGACAUUGGUUCAGGUUGAGACAAUUGUCCCUGGAUCACUGCCAUCAUCUUUGGAAGGACCUGUUAUUCUCAUGGUCAAUAAAGCUGAAGGAGAUGAGGAGGUGACAACAGCUGGAUCCAAUAUUACCGGAGUCAUACUUUUGCAGGAAUUGCCUCACUUGUCUCAUCUUGGUGUUAGGGCCCGACAAGAAAAGGUUGUCUUUGUUACAUGUGAAGAUGAAGAACAAGUUUCCGAUAUACAAAAGCACGCAGGAAAAUACAUGAGACUAGAAGCAUCAUCAAGUGGCGUGAACCUAAGUCCAUCUUCAAAUGAUCGUGAUGCUGUUUCUUUUAAGAAGAAUCUUUCGAAUAAUGGUUCAUCUGCAGCCAAGGGGGUGGCUGUUAAAGUCCCGGCCUUUAAUAAGGGAAAUUCUUCCUUAAGACUUAUACCACUUGCCGAGGCAGAUGUACUAACUUCAGGAGCUAAGGCAGCUGCUUGCAGCCGUUUAGCUUCCUUGGCAGCUGCUUCCAAUGCGGUAAACAAUGACAAUGGUGUGUCAGCUUCAUUUCGUGUUCCUGCUGGAGUAGUUAUACCGUUUGGUUCGAUGGACUUGGCUUUAGAGGAAAACAAAUCGACGAAAAAAUUCAUGACUCUUCUACAAAAGAUAGAAACAGAAGGAGUCGAGAACGAUGCACUUGACAAACUAUGCAAACAACUUCAGCUACUGGUCUCUUCCCUCCAUCUCUCGGAUGACAUAUUCGAUAGCAUCAUGAGCAUGUUUCCAGACGAAGCACGCUUGAUUGUUCGUUCAAGUGCAAAUGUGGAGGAUUUGGCGGGGAUGUCAGCUGCUGGACUUUACGAAUCGAUCCCAAAUGUCAGUCUAUCAAAUCCAACAGUUUUUUCUGAUGCUGUUAGUCAAGUAUGGGCCUCACUCUUUACACGAAGGGCAGUGCUGAGCCGCCGAGCUGCUGGUAUAUCGCAGAAAGAUGCUACAAUGGCAGUGUUGGUCCAAGAAAUGCUUUUACCGGAUCUUUCAUUCAUACUCCACACACUCAGCCCAACUGAACAGGACCAUAACAUUGUUGAGGCUGAGAUUGCUCCAGGGUUAGGCGAAACUCUUGCUUCAGGAACUCGUGGCACACCCUGGCGUGUAUUGUCUGGGAAGUUUGACAGGACUGUCCGGACACUAGCAUUUGCAAAUUUCAGUGAGGAGAUGGCAGUAUCAGGUGCAGACCCUGCUGAUGGGGAAGUUCACCAUUUGACAGUAGACUACAGCAAAAAACCGUUAACAGUUGAUCCUAAAUUCCGUCAGCAGUUUAGUCAGCAUCUCGGUGCCAUUGGGCUUUUCCUGGAGCAGAAGUUUGGCUGCCCCCAAGAUGUUGAAGGAUGUCUUCUCGGGGAAGAUAUUUACGUGGUUCAGACACGCCCCCAACCCCACUAAUGGCCAGUAGCUUAGCAUGUAUCUAAUUAGACUGUCAUCCACAUUGAAAAUAAGCACUUCCAAUCUUUGGCAAUGCAAGCAUUGUCUUCGUUUUCAAGCGUUCCACUCUUUACAUACCCAGUAUGUAAGCGGUUUUAAGCUACCUAUGUUCGCAUAUACAGUAUAGAUUGCGUAAUCACAAGUUAUAGAUUAUAAAACUUGUACAUGGAAGCUGAAAGACGAGGUUCUAUCAAUCUCGAGGUACUGCUAAUAUGUCAAGUAGUUUAUGUUUAUUAUAUAAAGAUAGUCGAAUAAGGGUUGUCCCUGCAGGUUCAGUCUAUUGUUUUGUGCCAGUCAGUUUAUGUAAAUCCGAGGAUGGCAGUUGAAUCGAGGAAAUCUAAAUCUUGUGGAUGUCUUCUUCAACUUUGAGAAUGAAA